AGAUAAGGCGACGGUCCUGAUUGUUCUGAGUCUGCUGGCCUGCUCAGCCCUGGCUGACAUGAUGCGCAAGAGCAUCGUGUUCGACGUCAACACGCCAAAGGUCUUCUACUGCCCUCAGGAGAAGCCCCGCGCGCUCGAUAAGAUGAUCGUCAAGGCACGGCCCGUCGAGAAGCUCUGCGAGUUUGAGGGCAAGGGCCUUCCCAAGGGCUACAAGUCGGACUGCUACAACGACGUGGAUGAGACGGAGUACGCAUGCGCGGAGAAGCAGCGCAUCCUGCUGAGAAUCAACCCUCCGAAUGAAACGGAGUCGACCACCACCGAGGCCACGACGACCACCAAGGCCCACAAGAAGUCCAAGAGCUUCAAGAUCCCCAAGAACUGAGCAGCCACCAGCAGUGAACGGAGGAAACGUUACAGAGCCACAAACGCUUCAGAGGCAGCUAUUUUGAACCGUUAAGUGUUUUUAGCGUUUCGUCUUAAUAUAUAUAUAUAUGUAUGUCUGUUCGAUCGGGGGAUUUUGGAACACGGGGGCACCUUCCACUGAGUAAUCUCACACAUUCCUACGUGAAUCUAUUUCAAAUUUUGUGGUGUACUUUACGAGAUGAUAAACAUUCAGGAUGUUAGCAUUUCAAAAAGCCGGCAUAAACAGGGUGAUGAGCACUGCCUUAGAAAUAAAAACUUUUAGAACAAUUUGUGUGGGACGGCUGAAUGGAAAGGCCGAGUUGGAAGUUUAUGGGACGGGCACCGUCGAGUGAUCCGACGAUUUGUUUUUAGCAAGGCGCGGCAAUAAAGAUAGAAUGUUUAUGUCGUUCA